AUGACUGCCCUGUGUCAUUCAGAAUGUGCACAGCCAAUAGCCUUUUCUGCCAUAGUUGACCUGACUUUCAAAGAGCUUCAAGGCAGUCAAGCUACCAAACCAGAUAUGAUCCUUAAUUUCAAGCAUGGAGAAGAGCCAUGGAAAGUAGAAGAUGAAUUACAAUGUCAGUGCUUUUCAGCCCAUCUCAUUGUACACCAGAGAGUUCAUACGGGAGAAAAACCCUAUGAAUGCUUGAAUUGUGAGAAAGCCUUCUCUACUAAGGCACAUCUCAUGAUUCAUCAGCGAAUUCACACGGGAGAGAGACCUUAUGGUUGUAAUCAAUGUCAACAAGCUUUCAUUCAGAAGUCAGGCCUCACUAACCAUCUGCAAAAUUGUCACGCAAAAGUGAAAUCCUAUGAGUGCAGUGAAUGUGGGAAGGUUUUGUCCUGUAAGUCAACUCUCACUAUACAUCAGAGAACCCAUUCAGGAGAGAAACCCUUCAAAUGCAGUGUAUGUGAUAAAUCUUUCACAGCUAAAUCCUAUCUCACUGUACACCAGAGAAUUCAUACAGGAGAGAAACCCUACGAAUGCUGUGAUUGUAAGAAAGCAUUUGCCACUUUGUCAACUCUCAUUAGUCACCGGAGAACUCACACAGGAGAGAGGCCCUAUGGAUGCAAUGAAUGUCAAAAAGCCUUCUUUCGGAAAUCAGCUCUUAUUAAUCAUCAGCAAACUCAGCACGGAGGGAAAUCCUCAAUGGGAAUGUGA